CAAUAUUUCCAUGCUCAAAAUUCAGUGUCUGUGUUUUCUCCACACAAAUCUUUCGUCGAAGGAAAGAGACGUUUGUUGCGGAAAAGGGAUUUAAGGUGUAGUUUACUCUUCGGUGAAUCAGAACCCGAAAACCCACCAAGAAUUUAGUAAGUUUUCGGAAGGCCAAAAAGGGUUCGAGUUUUCUUGGUGGGUGGAAGAAGAUGAGUUCGUCAAAGACAGUGAGGAAGCUUGAGGUGGUGUCACCUGUGCCAGCUGACAUAGAUAUUGCAAACUCAGUUGAACCUUUUCAUAUAUCUGAGAUUGCCAAAGAACUCAAUCUCAGUCCGGAUCAUUAUGAUCUCUAUGGCAAAUACAAAGCAAAGGUUUUGUUAUCUGUGCUUGAUGAGCUUCAAGGAUCUGGAGAUGGAUAUUAUGUGGUGGUGGGAGGGAUUACUCCAACUCCACUUGGUGAAGGCAAGUCCACUACUACUGUAGGGCUGUGUCAAGCACUAGGUGCUUUUCUUGAUAAGAAGGUUGUUACCUGCCUUCGUCAACCAUCACAAGGACCAACCUUUGGAAUCAAAGGGGGUGCAGCAGGUGGUGGUUAUAGUCAGGUUAUUCCGAUGGAUGAGUUCAAUCUUCAUCUUACAGGAGAUAUUCAUGCAAUAACAGCAGCAAACAAUCUUCUAGCUGCUGCAAUUGACACUAGAAUUUUUCACGAGGCAAGUCAAUCGGAUAAAGCUCUUUUUAACAGGUUAUGUCCACCAAACAAGGAAAAAAAGCGGACAUUUAGUGACAUCAUGUUUAGGCGCCUGAACAAGCUUGGCAUCUCCAAGACCAAACCCGAGGAUCUCACACCACAGGAGAUAAAGAAAUUUGCUAGGCUUGAUAUUGACCCUGAUUCUAUCACUUGGAGAAGAGUGAUGGAUGUAAAUGACCGAUUCUUGAGGAAGAUUUCUAUUGGCCAGGGCCCUGAAGAGAAAGGGAUGGUGAGGGAAACAGGAUUCGACAUUUCAGUUGCUAGUGAGAUUAUGGCAGUUUUAGCUCUUACAACAUCUCUUGCUGAUAUGAGGGAAAGGCUCGGUAACAUGGUUGUCGGAAAUAGUAAGGCUGGUGAUCCAAUAACUGCUGAUGAUCUUGGUGUUGGAGAGGAUCUUUGA